GAGGCAGCGAGCGUUUAUCUGGUUAGGACGCUUGGUUUAUGAGAAGGUAAAUAUUGUCUUUUUUUUAAACGAGCGAGAACGUCACCCUUUUAAAGUACUUGGAUAUGUUCACGGAGUCCCAUGCUAAUGCUAACGUGCAAACAAUUCUACUUCCGGUCCGUGCGGCCGCACAACAAAGACUUCACAGAGAAGUCGCGUAAUAAGUAAAGAGAUGAAAGAACAAGGGCGUGACAUGUUGUGUGUCAACUCUUUUAUUUCAUUAUUUCUUUUCUAACUCCACUCUUGCCCAGCCUCCAACAUGCCUGGCUCCGCCUCCAACCCGGCCGGCUUCAUUCCAGCAGUGGCGGCUAACGUAGGCUCCUCCUCGUCACCCACUUCAAAAAGACAUUCCACUCCCCGCAAAACUCGCCGGUCGUCCUCGCACUGUGGAAAGAGCCACACGGAGGAGGAGAAGUUGGACCACCGUCACCACUACUACAACUCACCGGACCACCAUCCCCGCCCUUCCUCUCCUCUCUUCCCAGGCUACAACCCACAUUUUCGGUUACAUUUCCCCCCCCUUCUGGACAAAAAGGACCGUCAUCCACGCUGCAUCAUGACCCGCAGAUCGUGUGCCAUUUACGCCACCGGCAUCGUGUGCGCCCACCUCCUCAUCGUGGGGAUCGCCCUGGUGGUGGCUCAAGUCUUCCAAACCACCAUUCACAACCGUUUGAAAAAGGAAAUCACUCUGACCGAGAAAAGCCAAAUGUUUGAGUCGUGGAAGAAUCCUCCUCCACCUGUUUACAUGGAGUACUACUUUUUCAACGUGACCAACCCUCAAGUGUUCUUAGCGGGCGGCAAGGCAGCCGUCCAGCAGAUCGGACCCUACACCUACAGAGAGUACAGGCCGAGGGAGAACGUCACUUUCCUGGAGAACGGCACCAAAGUUUACGCCCUGAACCCCAAAACGUUUGUCUUCGUGCCAGAGAAAUCAGCCGGCAACCCAGAGGUGGACAUCCUCAGGACCAUCAACAUCCCGUUAGUGGUCGUCAUGAACGAGCUGAACUCCUACUCAUUUUUCCUGCGCACCUUCAUCUCCAUGUACAUCAAAAGUCUGGGCGCCGAGCUGUUUACCACGCGCACCGUGCACGAGUACCUGUGGGGCUUCAAGGACCCCAUCCUCACCAAGAUCCACUCCCUCCGACCAGAGGUGGACGAAUACUUCGGGCUGAUGUGGAAGAAAAACGGAACCCAUGAAGGGGAGUUUGUGUUCAACACCGGCGAGCAGGACUACUUGGAAUACGGAAAGAUCGACACGUGGAACGGCCUCCGGGAGAUGACGUUUUGGUCCUCCAAUCAGAGCAACAUGAUCAACGGCACGGACGGCGCCGUCUUCCACCCCCUCAUAAACAGGAACGAGCUUCUGUACAUCUUUGCCGCCGAUCUCUGCAGGUCCAUCCAUUUGGCGUACGUGAAGGACGUGGAGGUGAAGGGCAUCCAGGCGUACCGCUUCGCGCCCCCUGAGGACGUGCUCAUGAGCCCUGACAACAACCCUGCUAACGAGGGCUUUUGCGUGCCAGCCGGAGAAUGUCUCGGCACCGGCGUGCUUAAAGUCAGCGUUUGUCGGCAAGGCGCUCCCAUCGUGGUGUCUUUCCCGCACUUCUACCAGGCCGACCCCAAGUACAUCAACGCCGUCGAAGGGCUCAGUCCCAACAAGGAGGAACACGAGACUUACCUGGAUCUGCAACCGACCACCGGUGUUCCCAUUCGCGCUUGCAAGCGAGCUCAGCUCAAUGUCAUCGUGAAAAGAGUGAUGGGAUUCCCUGAAACCAAGAUGAUCAAUGAGACCAUUUUCCCCAUCAUGUACGUGAACGAGACGGCGACGGUGGACGACGACUCAGCGGCUCAGAUGAGAACGCUGCUCUUAAUCGUCACGCUGGUGUCCAACUUCCCCUUGCUCAUCGUAGGCUUGGGCAUCAUCCUGCUGCUCGUGCUUGUCGUCUUAUUCUGCCGAAACCGCCAGAAGAAGAACGAAGUAAAACGUAUUGAUUUUACUGAGGCUUUUCAUUCUUUUGCUACGGCCAAAGACGACACGGCUUACACGCAAGUCAGCGACAAGACGGACGAGUCGCCGGACGCGCCGGCCAGCCAGCCUAUAAGGAACGGCUCGUACAUCGCCAUGUCUCCAGUGGAGGCCCAGAAGUGUUGAUACAGGAUGCUCGCCAACAACCACCCCCCCAAACCCCUCACCCCAAGCCUGGCACAUGGGAAGGGGGCUCGAGGGAUCAGUGCACUGUAGGGGGGGGUCAACAAAAGACAGCGCUCCUCUCCCUGAGCCCUCCUAGGACGGUUUAUUGCAUCAUCACCUCCUUCUCUUCCUCUCUUGGUUGACUCCAAAGAUGAAGGACUCGACCAGGACCAGCCUUUUUUUUGUACCCCCUAAAAGGUAGCAUAGGUGUCUCCAUUCCUACACGGAUGCAUUCUUUGGCCGGCAAAACUUAUUAGGAACCACUGAGCCAAACCUUGUUUCCUACACACACAAACACCCCCGCUGUGUGUGUUAAAUCCAACACUAGACGCAUUUCAGCUGUGAAAGCAGUUUCCCCCCCACCUGUAGCCCGAUGCACCUUUUUGUAAGCGCCACAAGAACUAAGAAGGGAGACCUGCUUCCUGCCUUACCACCAUGAUAUCUCAUGACACUAACGUCGCACGCCAACACUGUUACUCAAGCACAAGAUGGACUCCCAGCAGUCCUCCGUCGAAGCUACCAGGUCGUCUCCUUUUUUUCCUACCUUGGAUGAGUCCAAGACGCUGUGGAGCGCCACCCGGUGUUACUGUGCAGCACUUGAAUCACUCUUCGUGUCUUACACUGCACGGCGCCACGCGUCCCGCUUAAGACCGUACCGCCAAAAAAAAACAAAAAAACGAAACGACAAACUUCCCCGCACUUUUUGCCUGGAAAAUGUGCCCUGUUGUAUUUUUUUUUGUGUCACGUUAACUUUGUGGUCCACGCGUUCAAAACAUUUCAGUGUCUUCUUUUUCAUGUUUGUUAUUGCUGCUAGUGUGGCCAUAACCUGUGGGAGUGGUGUUUGUGUGGAAGGGUUCACACCAGUCUUAAGUCCGUCAUUUCAUCACGUUUUUUUCCAGACUUUUAUUUAGGCGGGCUAUUUCCUCUACGGGCUGGACGAGCUGAAACACGUCAGUCUUAAGAUUUUGUGCCACGGGUCAGUUUAAAAUCUUACUUCACAAAGGGCCUUUUUGUUCACUUUCUCACCAGUAGAGGUUCAGUUCGCACUACUCGUUCGGUAAAUGUCCUGUUUUGUUACCUUUUCCGAUCGCACAUUUUCAUCGUUACAUAGGAGUGACGAUUCCGUCGACCAUUUCAAGUUAAACAAAAUGGUUCUGUCAAGUUAGAUCCUUCAACUCGCACCCAACAGAAACGGCAAAAUAUACGUACUCCAAAGAGCUGUACCGAACCACAAUAUUUUUGGAUAUCUUGCAGAAAAGUUGAAAAAAUUGUCUUGUUCUGAUCGUGAAAUUUCAUCGUAACAAGUGUGUUGACCAAUGACAGUGCAAGCCUUCAACCAACUUCCGAUCAGACCUAACAGAAACCGCAAAAUAUACAUACUGUAGUGUAACGAAUGUUUCCACCAAGUAGGUCGGAUCGGUUAGUUCCGAUCAGAAUUUUUUGUCGUAAUGCAGGAGUGACGUUUCUGUCAAGUUAAAUCCUUCAAAUCGCACCCGACAGAAUUGCAAAAUAUAUGUACUCCACAGAACUGUACCGAACCACUCGGUGUGCACAAGGGAUUUAAGAUUCGCACAAAUUCCUCUCGGUUUGUAAUCUACAAUAUUUUUGGAUGUCUUGCAGAAAAGUUGAAAAAUAUUGUCUCGUUCCUAUCGUGAAAUUUCAUCGUAACAAUUCUGUCGACCAAUGACAGUGCAAGUGUAUUUAGCUCCGCCCCAACCAACUUCGGAUCAGACCUGACAGAAACUGCAAAAUAUACGUACUGUACUGUACCGAACGUUUCCACCAAGUAGGUCGCAUCGAUUAGUUCCGAUCAGAAUUUUCCGUAGUAACGCAGGAGUGACGAUUCAGUCGACCAAUGACAGUGCAAGUGUGUCUAGCUCCGCCCCAACCAACUUCGGAUCAGACCUAACAGAAACCGCAAAAUAUACGUACUGUACUGUAGCGAACAUUUCCACCAAGUAGGUCGCAUCGAUUAGUUCCGAUCAGAAUUUUCCGUAGUAACGCAGGAGUGAUGAUUCUGUCGACCAAUUAAAGUUAAACAAAAUGGUUCCGUCAAGUUAGAUCCUUCAACUCUCACCCAACAGAAACGGCAAAAUAUACGUACUCCAAAGAACUGUACCGAACCACUUGGUGGAUACGAGGAUUUUAAGUUCUAAGAUUCGCACAAGUUCCUUUCUGUUUGUAAUCUACAAUAUUUAUGGAUGUCUCAGAAAAGUUGAAAAAAUGGUCUCAUUCUAAUCUUGAAAUUUCCUCGAAACAAUUCUGUCGACCAAUGAAAGAGCAAGUGUGUCUAGCUCCACCCCAACCAAAAGAAUACUGCAAAGUCGGAUGCUACGGAUCAGACCUAACAGAAACCGCAAAAUAUACGUACUGUACUGUGUCGAACGUUUCCACCGUGUAGGUCGGAUCGGUUAGUUCCGAUCAGAAUUUUCCACCAUCCGAACAGAAAAGUGACCAUUCUGUCAACCGAUCCGAGGACCCCGGUUAGUCCGUCUAUGCCUCAAAAGAAGGUUAUUGCAAAAUGUGAAACUUUGAAUAGACUUGUUGCCACAAAUGGUAGAAAAACAUCGGACGUUUUUUACCAAGAUGGCCAGUUUGGUUAAUUCUGGCGAGACACGACUGCUGCAAAUUCAUCUCAUCGCAAUGCAAUAUUUUUAAGUGGUGCUUUUUUUCGUCAAAACCAAUUAAAGAGCGUAACAUGGUGUUCCCAUUCCGAUCAUUACAGAAGCAACGGUUGUGUCGAUCCUACAAAAUCGAGCAAAAUCCUCCGACUGGAAAGUUCUCAGCCUUUAUGACUGAACCCAAGCUCUUUUUGAAGAAUUUUCCAGUUUUGUUACCUUUUCCGAUCGCGCAUUUUCAUCGUUACACAGGAGUGACGAUUCCGUCGACCAUUUCAAGUUAAACCAAAUGAUUCUGUCAAGUUAGAUCCUUCAACUCGCACCCGACAGAAAUGGCAAAAUAUACGUACUCCAAAGAACUGUACCGAACCACUUGGUUGACACGAGGAUUUUAAGUCUCGUUUCCACCAAGCAACUCGGGUUAAUUCGCACAAAUUCCUUUUUGUAAUCUACAAUAUUUUUGGAUGCUGAUAAAAUUGUCUUGUUCUAAUCGUGAAAUUUAAUCGUAACAAUUCUGUCGACCAAUGACAGUGCAAAUGUGUCUAACUCCGCCCCAACCAACUUCGGAUCAGACCUAACAGAAACCGCAAAAUCUACGUACUGUACUGUAGCGAACGUUUCCACCAAGUAGGUCGGAUCGGUUAGUUCCGAUCAGAAUUUUUUGUCGUAAUGCAGGAGUGAAGAUUCUGUCAAGUUAGAUCCUUCAAAUCACACCCGACAGAAACUGCAAAAUAUACGUACUCCACAGAACUGUACCGAACCACUCGGUGGGCAAAAGGGUUAUAAGAUUCGCACAAAUUCCUCUCAGUUUGUAAUCUACAAUAUUUUUGGAUGUCUUUCAAAAAAGUUGAAAAAAAUUGUCUCGUUCCUAUCGUAAAAAUUUAAUCGUAACAAUUCUGUCGACCAAUGACAGUGCAAGUGUGUCUAGCUCCGCCCCAACCAACUUCGGAUCAGACCUAACAAACCGCAAAAUAUACGUACUGUACUGUAGCGAACGUUUCCACCAAGUCGGUCGGAUCGGUUAGUUCCGAUCAGAAUUUUCCAUAGUAACGCAGGAGUGAAGAUUCUGUCGACUGAUUAAAGUUGAUUAAAGUUAGAUCUUUCAAAUCGCACCCGACAGAAACUCCAAAAUAUACAUACUCCACAGAACUGUACCGAACCACUUGGUGGACGCGAGGAUUUUAAGUCCUAAGAUUCGCGCAAAGAUGAAAAAAUGGUCUUGUUCCAAUCGUGGAAUUUCAUCGUAACAAUUCUGUCGACCAAUGACAGAGCAAGUGUGUUAAGCUCCGCCCCAACCAAAACAGUACUGUAGAGUGCGAUGCUUCAGAUCGGACCUAACCGAAACCGCAAAAUACACGUACUGUACUGUACCGAAGUCGGUCGGAUCGGUUAGUUCCGAUCAGACUUUCCAUCGUAACACAGGAGUGACGAUUCUGUCGACCGACGAAAGAACAGAUGUCCAUCUCGCUCCGCCCCAGCCAAAGAGUACAAGUGGGACGCUUCGGAUCAGAAGUACCGGAAGUUUCCACCGAGUAGUCCAGUUCAGCACAGGUAGGAUCGGUUAGUUCCGAUCAAAAUGUUCCAUCAUGACACAGGAGAGACGCUUCUGUCGACCGCCGUUUAUCUCCAGCAGGAUACUUCCAAUUGGACUUUGCAGCGAUAAAUGUCGGAUCAGUUAUUCCUGAUCAGAUGAACAAGCGACACAAAUUCAACUUGCUGUCACUUUUACCGAUCUAUUUCAACCCUUUUGUUUGAUUUCUCUACCAAGGAUCAUUGUAACAAUUCACAUAUUCCGAUCAAACCUUUCCAUCCGAACACAAAAGUGACGAUUCUGUCAACCGACCCCAGUUAGUCCGUGUUUGCCUCACCAGAAGGUUACUGCAAAGUGGGAAACUUUGAACAGACUUCUUGCCACAAACGGUAGAAAAACGGACGUUUUUUUUUUACCGAGAUCAUCUCAUCGUAAUGCACGAUAUUUUUAAGUGGUGCUUUUUUUUCGUCAAAAAUAAUUAAAGCGCGUAACAUGUUCCCAUUCCGAGCAUUACAGAAGCAACAGUUCUGUCAAUCCUACAAAAUCGAGCUAAGUCCUCCGACUGGAAAGUUCUUUUUGGUGAAGUUUUUUUUGUGUGUGUACUUUUGUUCUACACGAGACCUUAAUCCUGAUCACCUGUUCACACCUGAGCCAUCGCUUCUCCAUUUUUGAGGACUGACCCCGCAUUCGCUCAUCGGGCUCGUGACCAAAGAUGACCUUUAGCUCGCUCCGCACUUCCGUGCCACAAAUCGCUCCCGCCUAGCUUUCCCUUCAAGACAAAAAAACAAAACGUGUCACCGUUAAAGUAUUUUGCUGCGUGGACACUUUUGUGUGUGUGUGUGUACGAGAGUGUGUGUGUGUGUACAAGAAUGUGUGUGUGUGUGUGUUAUGUGCCUUCUUGACAUCAAGGCCGAAAGAACACUGGCUAGUUUUUGCCUCUAAAUCUCAGUAUUAUGUAAAAUAAAAGCAAUACAAACUUGUAAAAAAAAAAAUAGUAAGGGGCCACUCGAUAUUUAUCCCCCCUCCCCCACCUAAAAUUGUGAUAUUUUUUCUUUUCUUGGUGUAUAUUGUUUGUAGAUAUUCUGCUUGGGUCCAAGCUUCAUUUCACUUUGUUUUGACCAGAAAACGAGUAAAGUUACACGUGGACGGUGGCGCAUUGGCGCGGUCACGUGACCUCGCCCAAGGUCACACUGGACGGUUGCUGACUAUCUUGACGUGAGUUACGCCAGCAAGAUGAAUGAAGCCCCUCCUCUUCCUCCUUCAGGACCAGCGCUCAUGCCAUAGCCUUCGCCCUGUUUGCGACAACAACAACAACAAAGCGUUUUUUUGGUGUUGUAGCAAUGGCGGCGUGUGACCCCCGGCGCCCCCGUGAGGUCACUGCUGGUUUUGUUUUGCUGCUGAGAAUGACAAUCUUUCCUUGUCAUGUUUUGGUGCAAAAAUGAUUAAAACUCCUGUUUAGUUUUGAUAAUUUACACGGCACACACCUUUCUACUGUGCUUUUGUAAACAUUUCUAGUGUAUUUGCAAGAAAAUAAACCUUGCCGUCAAGCGCAAA